GUCUCUAUCCUGUCACUUCUGACAUUGGAUGGCAGAUAAGUAUCAUCACUUGUUUUACAUUUCGCUGUGUUCCCUACACAGUAAUUUGUAUAGCUUGGCUUCUACUGCUACCAUUUAAUACCUGUUUGUGUCUUGGGCAAGUUAUUUAUACUCUCAGAAUGUCUAUUUUCUCAUCUAUAAAACAAGCAUAGCUACAAUAGUACCUACUUCAUAGAGUUGUCAUAUGAAUUAAAUGAUCAAUAUGCAUAAAGGCCUACCAGGGGGCUUGGCGCAUAUAAGUGCUUAACAUUUGUUAGCUAUUUUUCAAUUUUAGUAUUAUUUAUAAGACUGCAUGCUUCCUAAAGGGAGGAAUUAUGUUUUGUAGUACAGCAUAAUGUUUAAGAGCACAGACUCUGGAGUCUUGAGUUCAGAUCUGAACUCCAACCCAGGUAUGUUGCUCAAGUUGGGCAAACCUCUCUAGGUCUUACUUUUGUUAUCUGCAAAAUGGGGAUGAUAAAAGAACCGAGUUCCUAGAGGUUGUUGUAGGGAUUAAAGGAGAUCAUACACUCAUUUGGUAUUUAACAGAGCCUGGUGUAUUGAUUUUUUUUAUGUCUUUUUUAAUUGAAGUAUAUAGUCAGUUAUAAUGUGUCAAUUUCUGGUAUACAGCAUAAUGUUUCAGUCAUACAUAUAUAUACAUAUAUUCUUUUUCAUAUUCUUUUUUAUUGUACAAGAUAUUGAAUAUAGUUCCCUGUGCUAUACAGAAGAAACUUGUUGUUUAUCUAUUUUAUAUAUAAUAGUUAGUAUCUGCAAAUCUCAAACUCCCAAUUUAUCCCUUCUCACGCCCCUUCCGUGGUAACCCUAAGUUUGUUUACUAUGUCUAUGAGUCUGUUUCUGUUGGCAUAUUGACUUAUUGAGCAAUUAUUAUGUGCCAGGUAAUGUGUUAAAUGUUUUAUUUAGCAUUGUUCUAAAAAGUUUUUUUUUCUGUGACCUCCAUGAUCCCUAUUCACAGCAUAACCUUUCAAAUAUUUACUGAAUGAGUGAGUGAGUGAGUGAGUGAAUUAGUGAAUGCUGACUUGUAGACCACAAGAAUCUUGCCUGCCUAAGCUGGUUUGUCCCAGGUUAACACUCCUCAUUCCUCUGUGAUGAGUUAGUGUAUAAGCCAUGAGAUUCAGCAUCUGUAAAAAGCAGGUUAUGGAAAGGGAGCAGAUUUUAGACCUUGGUUCUUUUACUCUGGAGAAAUCACGUAUUUUUUAGCACUUGAAUUUAUUUCCCAGAACUGGUAAAAUGAGUUUUUAAAUGUUGCUAUAGGCAAAAGUGGUAGAUUUAUAACAUUCAAGGUCACAGAGAACACAGAGAAAGGAACACCUCUUUGGGGGAAAUAAAAAUCAAUGCAACUGUUCUUGAGAGCAUUUAGCCUAAGGAAUUAAGGAUGUGCACAAAGGUCCAGUGUAAGGCUGGUCAUCUUACUGAUGUGUAUAACAGAAAAAAUGGAAAUAAUCUAGAUGCCUCAUAAAAGGAAGUGGAAUAAUUAAAUGGUAUUUCAUCCACACAAUGAGAUACCUUGCAGCCAUUCAAAAAAAUCUGCAGAAAUGAAUUUAAUGGCUUGGAAAAAUAUUCCAGAUAGUUCACUUACUAACUUUGUGACCGAAGGCAAAUUGCUUCUGUGCCUCAGUCUCCUUAUCAUUAAAUGAGAAUACUGAUACUGCCUUCCUUAUAGAACUUUUGUGAGAACUAAAUGAAUUAUUAUGUGUAAAACUACUUGGAAUUGUAUCUGGCCCAUAGUAAACAUUAUGUGGCUAUGAGCUGUAAUUAUUAUUAUAUGAAAAAAAAGUUUAAAAACAACAUGUAUAUUUUGCUUUUUUUUUUUUUUAAUGGAGGUAUUGGGGAUUGAGCCUAGGACCUCAUGCAUGCUAAGCAUGUGCUCUACCACUGAGCUGUAGCCACCCUCCUUAGUACAUGCUAUUUUUUAUAAAGCAUGAACUAAAGAGAAAAUAGUACGAGAGUAAAUACUUCAAAAUGUAAAUGAUAUGAGAGUAAAUACUUCAAAAUGUUAAUGGCUUUUGCUUGGUGUUGGAAAUAAGCUGUACUUUUUAUUGUUUUUCCUUAUCUUAUUUUCUUUUAUGAUGAAUAUAUAUUUCUUAUGUAACUAAAAAGUAGUAAUAAUUUAAAACAAAACAAAACAGAAAAAGAUCACUGCUUUAGUAGGGGAGUAAGAGUAUCUGGAAUUUUCCACCCUGUCUGUGUCCUGCUUUUUAGCUGAUGUGAUAGGUAUGACUGCAGAGGAGGAGUCAGUCUUCUCUAUUCCCUUUAAAAGGUGAUCUCCCCUCUUUCAAAGGAGAGAGGAUCCCACGCUCAGGAUGCCCUUCGGCAAUGGCAGGUUCUUAGUAGUAAGGGACCCAACAUAUAGAAUCAACACAACACUGAACUCUAGAGGCAGACAGGACGUGAGUCAUCACACUGGCGUUUUGUCAAGUUGACUAUAAUUGUUUCUAUGUUUUUUCUUGGAGAUAUGACUGUGAAGUGAUGAGACUAAUUAAAAAAAAAAACAAAUAUAUCAGAAGACAAACAUCUAAACAAGUGAAUCCCUUUAAAGUACUAAUUUUGAGAAAUUACAUGCUUAUUUAUAAUUUUUGGCCAUUGUUCAAAUAACUUUUUGGAUUUGAGGGGAAGGGAAAGGCAGAAGUCAAACCAAUUCACUUCAGAAUUAGUUUGUAUGAAAUAUUUUUCUAGCUACUAACUUAUUAAAAUUAUGAUAGCAAGUGCUUGUUUUAGAUGCAGUGAAAUGGGUAUUCUAACAUUUCUAGUGGCAUUAUAAAUUAGUGAAAACCUACUGGAAAAUAAUUUGGAAGUAAAUACCAAGAGCCAUCAAAUCCUUACACCCUUUGAUCCAACAGCCCCACUUCUGGUAAUCCAGGCUGAGGAAAUAAGAAAAAUAUGGGAAAAGCUACAUAUAUUUCAUAACAAUCAAAAACUUGAAACAACCUAAAUGUUCAGCAAAAAAGGUGGUUAAGUAACUUCUGACAUACUCACUCGAUGAAAUAUUAUGCAGUCAUUAAAAUUAUUAUUAUGAGGACUACAGCAACUUGAAAAUAUGCUUAUGAUGUAAUUUUAAACUAGGUUAGCAUGUUAUAAAUUAUAUGUACACUAUUACUUCUAUUUUUAAGACUGUAUAUUAAGGAAAGAUAAGCAAAACACACCAAAAUGAUAGCAGUUGUAUUAAAGAGUUAAGCUAAAGAUCAUUUUUUUCUGUUUUAAUGUAAUUGGACUUUAUUGCUUUUACCUUUAAAAAUUACUUUAUUUUAAAAGAACAAAAUCCAUAUAAAAGCCAUAUAAGACAAUCCGUCUUACUUCAUUUUCCCCUGUACCUUAGUUAUUCACCAACUUCUAAUUAUUUCACAAAUUGAAUUUAUCUUUACCGAAGAUAAAGAUUUGCUACCAAUGAAGAUAUUAAAAAGAAUGUGUCAUAGACCCUAUAGACAUUUCUGAAUUGGGUAUCCCAAAAAUGUUCUGGAGAGUAGAAAUAUCCCUGGAGCAAGUGUACUGCCUCCAAGGUGAUGACAACUUGAACUAAACAAUAUUCAUUUGUACAUAUAAGGUGUGUCCUGUUUUAAAAUAAUCAGUCAUAAUACUGUUCUAGGUCCCAGACUGACCUAAAUUGGGCCCACUCCUGAAAUUCAGUCCUUAUUCGAUAUGCCUGAUGAGGUAGGCGUCCUACAGGUGAUAAUCAGCAUUACCUUUUAAUAAGCACUUACUAUGUUCUGGGCACUGUGCUAAAAAACUGCAAAGACUGUCACAUUUUAAACUCUUUCAGCAAUCUUUUGAGGUAGCUAUUAUUAUCCCCGUUUUACUGGUAAGGAAACUGAGGCUCAUGGAGAAACAGCCAAGGUCACAGCUGUGAGAGGUAAACUCUCACGACUCAACUGCUGCUCUGUAUUGCUCAUCGUAUUUGCAUACGUUUUUUGCAGGAGAAGGGUGCUUAUAUUGAUGAGGAGAAAGAGAAAAGCUUGCACGAGAAAGAUAGCCUGAUUCUGUGUAUGAUAUUAGUGCCCCCCACCCAGCCUUGAGGACCUGCCUGUAUCUGAGCCCUGUACAGAAAGGGGCUGUAGGUUAAAGCUCUUUUCCUCUGUCGUUCAAAGUCUCAGGCAGAGCUACUCUGGGGCCCAGGUGACAAAAUGUGACAAGGUAGAGGAAAAGGGUUCUCAUCUACCCUUUUCUGAAAUACACUCCACUUUGUUACACUGUGGAUUUUGAGGAAUUGCUCUGUUACUUUGAGGCAAGGAUGUUGGUGUUGGUGUUGGUGAGUCUCAACCCAGGCCAGGAACUCUAUGAGCCUCCUCGGGCAGUUACAUUGGUGGCCAAAGUGGGAACAGUGGAGUGUGAUGAACAUUCCUUGUCUAUGUCUGGAGUCUUACAAGAGACCUCUGAGGACUGUGUCAUUUAACCAGAUAAGACGUGGCAGGUGGGAAGGGAAUGAUUUAUUCCCUGAGACCUAAGGAAGUUCAAGUGAUGAUAAAUUAUCAUCAUAUUUUGUAAAGAAACAGGGUUUGGGCAGCAUUUCCACAUGCCUUGUGAACAUGGAUCACCUGAAAUGCAAAUACUGGAAAAACUCUAAUAAAUGGCACUUAGAGAAACAGGAAGAAAUAAUAAUCCAAUAAAGAGAACUGAGAAGUAACAGCAAGUGGGAAAAGUGUUUCUAAAAUAGCAUUGGCCAAACCUGAUGAUCAUCAGAAGCUCACCAACCAACCCAAUUAGAAUCUUGGGUAUGGACCUAGGAAUCUGUAUUUUCCCCUUAUCAGUCUCUCUAGGUGAAUGUGAAGAUCUCUGGUUUAGGAACCAUUGUUCCAGGCAACUCAUCACCAGAACUGCACAUCAUUUUCAGGUGUUCAGAAAUUAGAUCUUAUGGUUGGAGGCAAAACUGGUCCCCUCUUUUCUGCUUUCUAGGAACUGGAAAUCUAAUUAAAGAAGUGAGGACAGAUCUCAUAAGGACUUCAGGGCUGGAAGUGGGUCUUGAAAGAUGAGUAUAUUUUCAAAAUGAAUAAGGAGAAGAACAUGGAUGAAAGAAAGCAAAGGGUUGCUGUUAAGUUUGAAGCCAUUCCAGUCUCUGAUCCUCUAUAUGGGAUCAGUUUCUUAACUUCCUGGAAGCUUAAAGAAUCUUGUCUUGGUCUGCAGUAUUCUGAUGUUUCACAGUGAAACUCUAUCCCAUCUCCCUAAACUAGUUGGUAGUGGCAUGGAAGAUCCAUUUGAAGAAGCAGGCCAGCCUGUUGCAGACCCAGGCAUGGUAAUGGACAGUGUGGAAGCUGGAGACACAACACCUCCUACCAAAAGGAAGAGCAAGUUCUCAGGCUUUGGCAAGAUCUUCAAGCCCUGGAAAUGGCGAAAAAAAAAAAGUGAUAAAUUCAAAGAGACAUCAGAAGUUUUAGAGCGAAAAAUAUCUAUGCGAAAACCAAGAGAAGAACUGGUUAAAAGAGGGGUUCUGCUGGAAGACUGUGAGCAGGGUGGUGAGGAUCCAGGGAAGUUGAGCCAUGCCAUGCUAAAGAAUGGCCAUACCACCCCCAUAGGGAGUGCCAGGUCUUCCAGUCCAGUCCAAGUAGAGGAAGAGCCAGGAAGAGUAGCAAAUCUUAGGAAAUCUAUUCCAGAAGAGGACCCAAAGAAGCGACUAGGCUCGACUGGAAGCCAGUCUAAUUCUGAAGCAGAGUCCAUUCCUGAGAAUGUAACCAAACAGCCUCUACUUCCCCCUAAAAGACACUUUUCUUCUCAUGAGGCAAAUGAAGGGCAAGCAAAGGACGCCACUUCCUCUGGCAGCACAGCAAGACCCAUCUCCUCCACUUCCACAACCGCCAUCACCACAGUACCUACUGCCACUACGGCUGCUACGAACCUGGCAAAAACUGUUCAUUCCUCUGUCCCCCCUUCCCAAGCACCCAGGACUCCUGCUGCUCCUGCCAGCACUAACACUACUGCUACCCCGAGCCUCACCCAUACAGUCCCUGCCAAGCAGCCCCCUAUCCCUCCCCCUAAACCAGCUCACAGAAAUAGCAACCCUGUCAUUGCUGAACUGUCCCAGGCAAUAAACAGUGGUACCUUGUUAUCAAAACCAUCCCCACCUUUACCACCUAAGAGAGGCAUUCCAUCAACCUUGGUACCCACCUCAGAGUCUGCUGCUGCUGCUGCCACCACCACAAAAGCACCAAGUGAUCAGAGAGAGAAGAGCACUUGCUCUGUGGGUUCCGAACCACUGCUGACAAUCCCCCCUUCCUCCCCCUCCCCCCCACUGCCUACUCAUAUACCUCCAGAACCCCCUCGGUCCCCUCCAUUCCCUGCUAAGACUUUUCAAGUUGUGCCAGAAAUUGAGUUUCUGCCUUCCUUAGACCUAUCCCAGGAGGUUCCCCAGCAGGAAAAUCAGAAAAAGGAAGUGCCCAAGAGGAUGUUGGACCACAGUUUUGGGGAGCCCCAUGUACCCCCUAGGCUGCCCCCACUCCCACUGCAUAUCCGAAUCCAGCAGGCCCUGACCAGCCCGCUCCCCAUGACUCCUCCCUUGGAAGGCUCUCAUAGAGCUCAUUCAUUGCUCUUCGAGAACAGUGACAACUUUUCUGAGGACAGCAGUACCCUGGGUCGGACCAGGUCACUUCCCAUCACUAUUGAAAUGCUAAAAGUUCCAGACGAUGAAGAAGAAGAGGAACAAAUCCACCUGUUUGCAUUUGAUGAGGAAGUAGCAUCUACUUCCGUCGUUCCUAAACCACCACAGCGUCUGCAGGAGGAAGAGGAAGAGAAGGAGAGUGACUCUGAUUCAGAAGGUCCCAUUCAGUACCGAGAUGAAGAGGAUGAAGAUGAAAGCCAUCAUAGUGCUCUGGCCAACAAAGUGAAGAGGAAGGAUACACUGGCAAUGAAGUUGAACCACAGACCCAGUGAACCAGAGGUGAUCACGGAUUCUUGGCCUCGAAAAAGCAAAGAGGAGUGGAAUGAAAUACGGCACCAGAUUGGAAACACUCUGAUCCGACGACUGAGUCAAAGACCAACACCAGAAGAACUAGAACAACGAAACAUACUACAACCUAAAAAUGAAGCUGAUCGUCAGGCAGAAAAACGAGAGAUUAAGCGUCGACUUACUAGAAAGCUCAGUCAAAGGCCAACUGUGGCUGAACUACUUGCCAGGAAGAUUCUGAGGUUUAAUGAAUAUGUGGAGGUAACAGAUGCCCACGAUUAUGAUCGGAGAGCUGACAAACCUUGGACCAAACUGACCCCUGCUGACAAGGCUGCCAUAAGAAAAGAAUUAAAUGAAUUUAAAAGCUCAGAGAUGGAAGUUCAUGAAGAGAGCAAACAUUUUACACGCUACCACCGUCCAUGAAGCUGAAGUUUGAGAGAGGAUCUAAACAACCCCCCAGAACAGGACUGCUUUGCUGCUUCAGUCUCCAGAGCGACGUGGAGGGAACUUCAGCACUUCUCAGCACAGCCAGAGCUGAGUCCUCCGGGAUACAGUUCUGGGGUGAACAGCACUUCUAUGAAUGUAGCAUUUCACUGGAAUGGAUUCUAAUGUGUGCCGUAGUCAAAACUGAACACUUUGUCAGUGCUUUUGAACUGCAGCAUACUUGAGGGGUCUUCCCUCACCAGCCACCAAUGUUCUGGCUCACUUGCAGGUUCCAAGUUUAAUUGGCUGCACCUCUGCCUCACCCCAAGAUGACUGCCUGUGCUGAGGCACAGUUUGCACUGUUAGCCUAACCUGCCCUGUCCUGGUUUGAGACCCACCUAUGUGGACACUAAAUUCCAGCCAUCAAAUCUAACUGGUAGUAGGGAAAACCUUCUGGAAAAGGGGCCCCCACCUCCAGGGGAAGCCUUCACACCACACUGGUGUGUCAGUUGAAAGUAUUGUAUUAUACCUCCCGUAACACAGCAUUCAGUCCUCCCCCAGCAGCCCAGCCCGAGAGCAGCUCAGGACCUGGUGUGUUCUUCCCUUGGGCAGAAGUCAUUCUGAUUUUUUUUUUUUAAGGUAUCUUGAAGGAAUGAUGGGAACUUAUGUUUUUCCUAUCAGGCAAUCUGGACUGCAACCAGAUUCCAAGUUGGAAAAAUAAGAAAGCAUGUAUGUUUUCUAUAUAUAAAAACAAAACCAAGAAAGGCCUUUAUGUUAAAGCCAACUUGGCAGAGAACUGACUCAUGGCUUAAAUUUUAUAGGCUGUUGUACUUUGUUGUACCAAAUGAUACCCUAAAUCAUUCUAACCAAGAGAUGCAUUCUCUCCAUAAAGCAGAGUUGUUGCAACCCUGUGGGAGCAUUUGUGUGCUGUCAGCCCCCACACUUCCAGCCAGAAUCACCCCAGGGGUCUUUGGAGACGCAAGGAGGGGCAAGAUCAUGACCCACUGCCCCUGUCUGUCCCUCAGUGCUAUGUGCUCGCCUCCUGUGCUCUCCCUCCUGACUCCAGCCCUCGUCUUCCUGCUUAUCCUCUCUGGCAGCUUCCACCUCGCUCACCCCUCCUCUUCCAAGCUGUAGCCAGUGUAGUUGGUGCCUGGGCAUUGGCUCAGCUCCCACUCCUUUUUGUAUUUGUAAUAUAUAUUAAUAUGAUUUCCUAAAACAGAAGAUUCAGUUACUUUCUUUGAAUUUUUAUUGAAAACCAUACAGCCUUACUAUUUCCCUCUAAUUCCUAUCUACACUAAGUGGAAGGAAAAAAAUAGUUUCUAUUUAACUGAUGAAUGUGGCUUUUUCCCUUGAAUGUUCAGAAAAUUGUGGCUAUUUUUUAGAUUUCUUCUGACUCCUUCUGCAGUCCCUGUUCUGACGAGAUCGGGUGUGUUCAGGGUGGUAUGGCCGUAGACUGCAGUCCCUAUUCUGUGUGUGAUCUUUCAGUAGAUUUUUUUUCUCUUUUUCUCCUUUCAUGUCCAUGUAAGAUUUGCUGACUAAUCAGAAUAUCAGGUCAAAACAAAAAAGCUAAAGUGACCUUAAAAGGUAAUAUCUUCUCUUCGUAUGGGGAACAGGGAGGUAUUUGGAUUUCUCAGUAACAUCAGAUGCUUCAUGGCUAUGGAGAUACACUGGGCCCACAUCUCCUUGAAGCUCAUUAACAUUUGGUGUGACUGAGGAAAGAUAAGUGACAAUUACAAAUUGUUAGAGGUCUGUAUAUAAGGUGGCCACACAUUAACUGCUAACUUGACUUCUAACCUUUCUGUCUUGUUGGUUUGGAGACUACUUGGCUUAUGCGAGCAUUCUCUGCCUUCAGACAUUUGACAUUUUUCAAGCUCUUCUUUCACUGCCUUUCUUUCCCUUAAUGUGCCAAGCUUGAAACAGGAUUUGAUUUCCUGAGCUACUUGUCUGUUUUCUAUGUGCCACCAAGGAAUCUAGUUCAUUAUCAUCUCAUUCAUGUUCUUUUGAAACAGGAUACUUUGGGGGGGUCAAGUCUUUUCAGGUGUUUUUAUAUAAAUAUAUAUAAAGUGGGUUUUUUAUGUUCUCUUUCCAUGUAAGUAACAAUUCACAAUCACAAUGUAAAGAAGAAAUAAAAGCCUGAUGUAUUGUACUUCAAAAUGCUUCCCUGAUGUACAGAAUCUCCUUGUAAAAUAAAUAAUUGCAUUGUAUAUCAGUCUUCCUAUCAAUAUUAAUUAUUAAUGUAUUUUAGAAUUAAAAAAACAAACUAUA